UAUAGUUAUUUAUAAAGAGACUCUAACUCCAAACAGAGUCCUUCAUUCACUUCACCCUAUCAAAGCUUCACCUUUUGGUAUCUUCUACAAUAUCCUUUCAUAGUCAUCUUUUUCUUCUUUAUCACCAUGUCUUUGCUUUCAGAUCUCAUCAACCUCAACCUCUCAGAAUCCACAGAAAAGAUCAUUGCUGAGUACAUAUGGGUUGGUGGAUCUGGUAUGGACCUCAGAAGUAAAGCCAGAACUCUUCCUGGACCAGUGGAUGACCCUGCAAAACUUCCAAAAUGGAACUAUGAUGGGUCUAGCACAGAUCAAGCUCCUGGGGAUGAUAGUGAAGUCAUCUUAUAUCCACAAGCUAUUUUCAAGGACCCCUUUAGGAGAGGCAACAAUAUUCUUGUGAUUUGUGAUGUUUACACCCCAGCUGGUGAGCCGCUUCAAACCAACAAGAGGUAUGAUGCUGCCAAAAUUUUUAGCCACCCUGAUGUUGUUGCUGAGGUACCAUGGUAUGGAAUUGAACAAGAAUACACCUUAUUGCAGAAAGAUGUGAAUUGGCCACUUGGGUGGCCACUUGGUGGAUUUCCUGGACCACAGGGACCAUACUACUGUGGAGUUGGUGCUGACAAAGCCUAUGGUCGUGAUAUUGUAGAUGCACAUUACAAAGCUUGUGUUUAUGCAGGAAUUAACAUUAGUGGCAUCAAUGGAGAGGUUAUGCCAGGCCAGUGGGAAUUCCAAAUUGGUCCUUCUGUUGGAAUCUCUGCUGGAGAUGAAGUCUGGGCUGCUCGCUACACUUUGGAGAGGAUUACAGAGUUGGCAGGAGCUGUUGUUUCAUUUGAUCCCAAGCCUAUUCCGGGAGAUUGGAAUGGAGCUGGGGCACAUACAAACUACAGCACCAAGUCCAUGAGAGAAGAGGGUGGUUAUGAGGUGAUUAAGAAAGCCAUUGAAAAGCUUGGAUUGAGACACAAAGAGCACAUUGCAGCAUAUGGAAAAGGUAAUGAGAGACGUCUAACUGGAAGACAUGAAACUGCAGACAUCAACACCUUCUCUUGGGGUGUGGCAAACCGUGGAAGCUCAGUUAGAGUUGGAAGAGACACUGAGAAACAAGGGAAAGGUUACUUUGAGGACAGAAGGCCUGCUUCUAACAUGGAUCCUUAUGUUGUCACCUCCAUGAUUGCAGAGACCACCAUCCUCUGGAAACCAUGAACUCGUGUUUAGACCACUCAAAGUUGUGUUUUCAAUACCAUUUGAUCCACAAUUUAGUUGUCUCCAAGGAAUUGUUGGUUUUUGAGGUCUUUUAAGCCUUCCUGUGUCCUCUGUAUGUUUGACAAUGACUUCACCACUAAUAACAGAAUUGAUUCUUAAGUUCA